AGGGGCGUUUCCCGUGUGAGGGGAUGCCCGUGCAGUGUAAUGGAGUCUCAGUUGGUGUUCGGCCAUUGAGGGAGCAGGGAGACCUGCGGAGAGCGGACCGGGCGGCCCCAUACCGGCUUCCAUUCGGCGUGUGACGCGUGUUUUCUCCCCGUGAGUCCAUUCCCCCCGGUGUGGCCCCCGCUCCCCGCAGUGUGAGGCUGUGUGUGGCCCCCAGGAGCCCCGAACAUGGAGAUGAAGAAGCGGAUCACCCUGGAGCUGAGAAACCGCUCCCCGGCUGAGGUAAGCCGGCUUCUCUGAGCAGGAGAGCUCAGUGUGGGGAUCAGCACCCCCUCACUUACCAUCACUACCACUCACAAAGUUUGUCUGGAGCCCCCCCACUCAGGGCGGCUGCUACUCAGGGGCGGCCUGUGGUUUUACCCACUCGGGUGGCUGGACCCCCCGCACUCAGGGGCGGCUGGACCCCCUCCGGGGUGGCACGGGCUUUCCCCACUCCAGGGCGGCGCAGAAUUUCCCUCAGGGGCCUGGGUGGGCCCCCGCUCCGGGCGGCUGGUUCCCCGCUGGGCACAGCCUGGGGCUUUUGCUCACGGGCGGCCCCUCAGGGCAGCCUGGCGGGCCCCCUCAGGGCAGCCUGGGCCCCUCAGCUGGGGAGCAGCUGGACCCCGCCGGGGUAGCCACGGGAGGCUUACCUCCCCUCCCCGCCGGGGCAGCUGGGCCCCCUCCAGGGCGGCCCGUUACUCAGGGUAGCCUGGGCUCUUUCCCCCCCCACCCCGGACAACCUAACACUAAAAUUGGAGCAGUUGCUAUGGAAACCAGUAAAUUGCUACAUUCAGCAUUCUGCUCCAUAUUCCUUUUUAUCCAUGUGGUUUGGCUUCCCCCACUUUGAGUCUUACAGCAGCCCCAUGGUCUAAAUAGAACAUUCAGGGGUAAUUAUUUUACCCUCUGUUUUAAAACAGGACUGUGUUAACUUCUAAAAUGACAGCAUGUGUUGUGUGAGCAGAUCUACUGGCUAAUGCUGAAUGUGGCAUAGAUUAGCUAUAUGGAGGGGUUCAAAAAGAACCCCUGGGCCUAAACAUGCCGUCAGAAUGACCAGAUUAUGGUGCUUUAAAGGGACAUCCUAAAGUGUUAUCCUGACACCAUGCUAAAGCUGUCCACCAUGAAGCUCUCCUGGAUACAGUGUUGGAAUGGGGUUUUAAUGAAUUUUUCCUUGUAGAGGCAGCAGCUUGUGUUUGAGCUAUGCUUUUCAGUCCAAGCAGUGUUGGAGGCAUUGCUGCCUAUCAGUACAAAUAAUGUAAAUAUAAUAUAUACACUGUCUGUGUUCAGUGCAGUCAUUGAUACAUUGUUCUAGUGGCUGCCUGAAGUCCUUGUAUUGUGUCCUUUUGUUGGUACACCCUUGUCAUGUCUGGGAGCCAUUGUAUCACUAUGCACCUGUUGGCUCCAUGGGUGCACGCAACAGCUCGUACAGGAAACUGAGCAGUUGGUGUCUUUCUCUUCUACAACAGGGGACAAGUGAAAAUACUGCUUAAACAUAUCAAAUGACCUUACUGUUUGUGAUUAAACUCAGUUUAAAGAGCUUAUUACCAUUUUAUUUUUCAUGUUAUUAACGGAUUGUUGCAAAAGGAUAUGUAGUGUUUUCUGGCAGCCAUCUAUUACUGAUAUGGGAUUUAUUCCAGAAUCACCUUAAUACACACCCUGAUUGGACUAUUUAAUUUUUUAUAUUCUUAUUAAACUGUUGUUUUUUGGGGGUUGGGUCUCCAGAGAUAUAAAUAAGUUGUGCCUUCAGGAAAGUUACUUUUGUAGUUCCCCCUUCCCAGGGACAGAUUGUAGAUCAUGCUGUCACAAGAGUGUGAAUCUCAAGUGGCUUUAUACAGUUUGCAAAUAGAUUUUUGCUUAAUCCUUCAACACUGCGCCAAAUGAAGUUAUGCUCUGGUUUUUUACCUGCAAAUAGCCGUGAAGUUGCUGUAUCAUGCAUACUGUAGUGAGAGGAGCACAUGGAAAGCGAUCAUGGCUGCUCUUGCGUUCAGCCUAUCUAAUGGCCACAGACAGAUUAGGCGAUUGCCUUCAGUCACCAACAGGGGAGAUGGUUUGAGAGCAUAGGCUCCACUCCUUACGCCUUAAAGGUGGGGUUAUGUGUGUAAGGUCGCACCCUUUCUCUACUCCCUUUCUGUGUCUUUGCCAACUUUUCAUGUGUUCUUUUUGUCUGGCUACACACAUUUCCUGCUACUGUUGGUUGGGUUGGUACCAUGUGUUGCAGCCUUUGGGAUAUUGCACAUAUAAGACUGUAAGCUCAUUUGAGCAGGGCCCUCUUCAACCUAUUCAUGUAAGUUUUUGUAAUUGUUAAAUCUCCCCUCUGAUAAUAUUGUAAAGCUCCACGGAAUAUGUUGGCGCUAUAUAAAUACCAGUAAUAAUACAUGGAUGGCAAAUGAUAUAAUCUAUCUAUCCACAUAUACACUCUGAGAUGUGAAUUCAAGAUGCCAUCCCUUUAAGAUAUAACUUUAGACAGAUUUAAUGAGGUUGGUCCUGUGCCAUCUUUUUCCUGCCUCUUUCUGACAAGCAUUGCUUUAUGCAUUUUUAUUACUUUGACAGAACUAUAUAUUUCAAUAUUCUCAACCUAGUCCCAUAAUGCACAUUUAAUAAAUCUAUAGGGUCGACAAGCCUACUGUUUAAAGGUUGGUCGAUUUUUUUUUUUUAUUUCCAAGAUUUUUUUAUUAGCAUCUUAUAAAGGCUCACGAAUGCACACUUAUCAGUACAUAUCCUCUGGGCUUGCACAAGCCAGCUGGCCCUCCGUUUGUGCAUUUCCUGCAGCUUGUUGGUCAGUAAGGGAGUUUUGUGCAGCUGUCUUUUAGUAGUUCAGUGUCUGUCUUGACAUGUGUUUUUGUGUGGUGGUCUGGUCUUGUAAUAGUGACUCUGCUUUGCCUGGGCUGCUGCUGCUGGAGUGAUCAUCCUGCAGCCCCCACUUGCCUGCUAUCAGCAAGCACCCGCCAACGGUGACUUGUUGCUCUCAGCAGAUGUUUCAGGAUGUAGGUCAUCUCAUACAGAAAUCUCCUUCCUAUGCAAUGGCCUCACAGUUUACAGUAGGGGGGCUUUGUUCCGAUUACUGCAGGCCUGUGUUAACACAAUCCCACCAACCCUUUGCAGAGCCUUAAAUUGCAAUCUAUUACACUAGUGUUUACAGUUUGUUUAUAUUCUGACAUGUAAUAACUGAGCAUCCAAACCUGUGCACAAUGAUUAGAUGUUGUAGUAAGUUUGGUGAGUGCAUUUCCUGAUUAGAGAAAAGGUGUUUGACGCCAGUAACUCUACUAGCUGAUGGCAGCGCUGACACACAUACAUUUCCUCAGAGGGCAAAUCUACCCAAGGUUGAUCUGCCAAAAGGGUUGGAGUGGCUGUCCUCUGCUGUCGUCCCACUCAUCCAAUUGGGAAUUGAAUGUUAAGCAGACCUGUGUCUUUACAGUAACAAACAUGCAACCACCAGCAAAGGAAAUAGCGGUUUUAUACAGACUCUUGCUUUGUAUGUCAUCUGUACCAAGAUCCCAAUACUGUAUUGAAAUUCUUGUAUCCAUAUAGCUUGUAUUGCAGUAGAUCUUCAGGCACAUAAUCUACACUGAUGUAUAUUAACGUUCUCGUGGCAAAUAAGGCACGACUGUUAUGUCAUCUGAAUGUAUAUGUGCAUUAAAUACACCUUCCCUGAUGGGAUGAAAGCUCAUAGCUUAUUUACAUAGGUUGACAUGCCUGCUUGAAGAUAUUUAGUUUUUAAAAAGCAUCCUUGUUUCACCAUGUGCCCUCUCCCCUCCAAAAUGAAAUGAUGUACCCUAUCUGAAAUGGUUUUGCUGUUCCUUUCCCAGAAAAACCUGCUGACUUCCAGUGUAAAUCACUGACCGAUCGCACACACAGAACUAGCAUGCAAAGUACCUUUCACGGGGAAAACAAUUGGAUCUGCUCAUGUAAGUGAGCUGUACUUAUAAGCUGAUUAAUUCACUUGUGUGAGCAAACUUUUAUCUAUAUCAUUGCUGACAGUGUCAUUAGUGGAACUACAGAGAUCCUUAUGGGGCACUAGUGAACCUACACAUACUCGGUAGUAACACUCGAUACCCCGCAUAGUGAAUUUAAUUGGGUCACUAGUCGGCAAAACUCUAAACAUUUUUAAACGGUGAGAUUCGUUCUUGCUGGUUUUAUCUUUAUUUGCAGCUAUGGGAAAAUUUCAUACUUAUUGAUAAGUUAUUCUAGUUUUGUUGCAUACCAUUAAAAAUACAUAGAUAAUGUGAUUAUUGCAAUGUGUUCAUUGUGUGUAGCUUUGCACUACAACCAUAGGAUUAAAGUCUUUUUAGGAGUGUUGUAUAUUUUUUUUUCUUUGAUAAAGUGCAUGUUAUCUCUGCUUAAACAGGUUCCAUUAACUUGUUUUACAUUGUCACUCAGACUGCCACUAGAAAUGCAUUGAUUUGUAUUCUUGAGACUAUAGUGUUCCUUUUAAGGGACUUCAUUAACAAAAUUUUAAAUAUUGCAUGAAUAUACAACCUCAUACUACAAAGCUAAUUCACAUUGAAUGGCCUUUGCACUAUAAUGUAUGUUAAAAUAGGAGUAAACGUGUUUUCAUUUAUCACCUCACACUGGUUUCUUUUACAAGUCAGAUUUGGUCCUGUAAAUCUCCUGGUAGCUUUUAAAUGGCGGAACACUCCUUUUGCCUGGGCACGAGUUUCUUCAGUUUGCGUCUCUAGAAGACGCAUUGAAUUGUUGUCGUCUUUAAAGGUGGUGUGGGCAGCUGUAGCAAAGGAGUCUGGAGGCUAUCUUUAUUAAACUUACAUUUUUAGCAGUAAAUGGGGGUGAGCAGUGCUGACAGCGAUAGAAGGUAUCCUACAGUCUAGAAAAUUAUUUAUUUUCAGGAUUAUCUCUUCCCUUUAAACCCCAUGCUGGGUAGGAGUUUGUGGGAUAAUUUCAGGCUCCAUUGGCUAGAUUGAGACUUCUGGUUGGAUGAGCAGUUUGUUGAUGUAAGCCAUUUGUUAGUGUAAAUAUAACUCCCUACAGGAAUUAAAAUGGGGAAUUUUGCAUUUAAUAGGGCUGACUUCCAGCCUGAACAAGCCAUAUUGUACUGUUUUUUUGUGGUAUAUUUUUGUAAAGAAGCACUUUUUUAUGAAUUAUAGUACUGUAGAAAAUGUAUAUGUGCAUUAAAUAAAAUACUCUAUGUUCAGAUGCGAUAACCCUCCAGACAUACUUUUUCCCAUUCCUGUGAGGGAAAUAGAUGGUGUUCAAUAAAUCCUUAAAGGGACACUAUAGUCACCAGAACUACAGCUUAUUGAAUUUGUUCUGGUGAGUAGAAUCAUUACCUUCAGGCUUUUUGCUGUAAACACUCUUUUCAGAGAAAAUGCAGUGUUUACAUUACAGCCUAGUGAUAACUUCACUGGCCACUUUGAUUGGAUCAGGCCACCACUUCUGAUGUCAGCAGACAGCUUGUUUUUCUGACCCAAACAGCAUGCAGAUCUACAGCUUCAGGAUUGAAUACAGUAAGAUUUAUGACUUGGGGGGGAUAGAUGGGGGUUUUAACAUGUUUGUGUUCCUGACCCUAUAGUGAUCCCUAAGGGAAUAAGAGGCACUCUCUCAUUCCUCAGACAUAUUACAAAUCUGCAGCAACAAACAUUUUUACUACUCAAAAGACAAUGUGAUGGGGUAUACUGUCUUGCCUUCUUCCUGCAUAAAUGGAGUGUUUUUUUUUUUUGGUUAAAGACAAAUAUUUGGGAAUUAGUUUGGUUUUUUUAUGCUCAAUUUUUUGGUGUGUGUGUAUAUACCUAAAUGCACUGAGACUUAAUAUCUCACAGUAGUCUAGUCUCAGUGAGGCCGAUGCAUGUAUUAAUUGGCUUUCUCUCUUUAGGUGACAGAGUUGGUAUUGGACAAUUGUCGGUCCAGCGAGAUUGAAGGGUUGAGCGAUGGCUACAAAGAGCUUGAAUUUCUUAGCAUGGCCAACGUAGAGCUGACCUCUCUUGCAAAACUCCCCAAACUGCCUAAACUCCGUAAAGUAAGUAUCCACCUUAACUAUUUAUCAUGAUGGCUAUUAGAACUUUUCUGCGAAAAGAUUGAAAGUGCAGUUUCUGAAGGUCCAAAUUUUUUAAACAUUUUAUGGACAGUAACCCAAUUUGGAGCAUACGUUAUGUUGAAUUUAAGGCAUUCGGAUCAAAUUUGGGACUCUUUAGUCAAAAGUAACUCUGGUAAUGAUUUUCAAAUUAAAAAAAGUGGCAUAAUUUUGUGAUCUUUUGGUUUUGUCCAAAACCAUGUAGUUUACUCAAAAAGCCAACAUUAUCCAGAUUCUAUUUGCCGUAACUGGCCAGACCUUCCAAGUUCAUCCACUUGGCUUCACAGGGCUUCCACUUGCUGUAAUUUACCUCCUUUUUAUUAUGAUUUGGGAGACACUGUGAGCAGCUUCCUGUGGCCAAGAUUUCUCCCCAUCCCUGUUUCUGAAUACAACCAUGGUGUUCUCCUAAUAACUUGUUUUUUCCUACCUCCCAGUUAGAGCUCAGUGAUAACAGCAUUUCUGGUGGCCUGGAUGUACUGGCAGAAAGGUGUCCUAACCUCACUUACCUCAACUUGAGUGGAAACAAGAUUAAGGAUCUGAGCACGGUGGAAGCCCUUGUAAGUGUUUCUCAUUCUCCUCCAUGGAUCACAUGUUUAUUUUUUACACCAUGGCCUCUGCAUCAGUGUACACUAAUUUUGUAUAACUUGGUGGUCUUAGUGGUCCUUAACAUCAUGCGUUUAUUCUAUCUACAACACUCUCAUUAUGAACAUUACACUUUAUUGCUCACCUAGCACAGCAGUCUCCUGCUAGACCGUGGCUACUUAGUUUGUCAAUAGAAAAGAAGGAUCUCAUCUGCAGUGGUUUCACUUGCUUGUCAUUUUUAAUGAACGCUUUAUUUUCCCCUCCUAUUUAGACAAAUUUAAAAAAUUUAAAGAGCUUGGACCUUUUCAACUGUGAGGUCACAAACCUUGACGAUUACAGAGAAAAUAUCUUCCAGCGGCUUCCACAGAUCACGUACCUGGAUGGGUUUGAUCAGGAUGAUAAUGAGGCUCCCGACUCUGAAGACGAUGAGGAUGAUGAAGGUGUUUUUUGUUUUUUAAAUAUAAUUAUGAAAUAUUUGAAAAAUUCUAUUCUUACAUUUUUGUUGGUCACAUAACUGCCUUCUGAAAAGCAUUAAUACAUAUUUACUGUAUGCGUUCACAAAGUCAGCAUACCAAACGCUCUUCUUUGAAAUAAAGUCCAACUUUCUAUUGACGUAACGUUAGCGAACCCUUAAUUUCAGAAGUACUAAAUCAGUUGGGGGACAAAAUGGAGACUUGGGUUGUUUUUUUUUUUUUUUAGUGAAAGACCCUUUUCCUUUCGUACUGAGCUAUCUUAGUUUACACCUGAUCUGGUUUUGCUGCCACUCGAAACUGAUGCAUUAUCAGACCGAUUUUUAUGAAAUAUUUUUUGUCUGGCUUUGUUGAACAUGUCAUUAUUUUGCAGAAGUGGAAGGCUAUGAGUAUGCAGAGGAUGAAGAGGAUGAAGCCGGGCCUCCAGGUGAAUAUGAAGAGGAAGAUGAUGAUGCUGAAUCAGAUUUAGGAGAAGAGGAGGAAGAGGAGGAGGAAGUUGGGCUGUCCUAUUUAAUGAAAGAUGAAAUUCAUGUAAGUGUUUUUUUGGGGGGGGGGUUUAUGUAUAUAGUGUGUGUAAAUAAAAUUGAGUCUGCAGCAAGAUUAGGGUGGAAUAUUGUUGGAGCUAGUGAAGUCAAGCAAGUCACAAACUACACAUUCUAGAGGAGUCCUUUUCCUAGUCAUAUUGUUCAUGUGACUAUUUUGUGAUUGUAAACAAUGGUAAAAUCGUCCGGAUAAAAGAGCAAAAUAAUCUGAGGAAUAAACGAAUAAAGACUGAAUAUUUUAGUGCACAAUAGAAAGUCUCCAAUGUAUAACGGACUCCAUUUAUGCAGAUUUAUUUAUAAAUUAUCACGAGCACAAUCCUAGAGCAACAAUAACCCUCAUUGUCUGUGAGCAAUCACUUUCAAGUAAAUUUGCCUUAAUUACUAGUAUUACACACUAUAGAUGCAGUGCCAGAGGACGUACUUCUGAUAACAUCUGUGUACGGCAGAUGUGAAAGUUUCUUAUAUGGAGAAUACUGAAACCUUUCUAAUAUCUUCCCUAUUUACAAUCACACACGUCAGUUUACUGAAUUAACAGGAUUUUUUACCACAUCAGGAUGAGGAAGACGACGAUGAUUAUGUUGAAGAUGGUGGCGAAGGAGAGGAAGACGAGGAGGAGGAAGGUACGUGAAAUUCAAGAUUGAGAGAAACUUGAGUCUGAUCUUCAUAUUUUGUAUGAGAUGCAAGCCUCAGCCUCCUGUAGUCAGAAAAGCACAUCUUGUAACAAAUCUCCUCGUACUACAGGACGUCUGGCAAUGGGCACCAGCUCACCAUGUGCUUUGCAGCAUUUAACGAUCCUGAACGUGUUUGUGCUAUACAUUGCAGAAUAUUAGCAGCUUCCUGUGGACUCAUUGUUUCUCGUCUUUAUCACUAAAAAUAACCACAGCAAAUGUUAAGGAAUUAAAAAAAAAACUCCUAACUGUAGUUAUACAUUUGCAAGAUGUUUGGGUAGUACAAAGUUAAGAUGCAUUGUAAUCCUGUAGUAUAGUAUUUAAAUCUGUGAAGUUACAUCAGUAAAUUAAAGGGACUCUCCAGUGCCAGGAAAACCGUUUUCCUGGCACUGCAGGUCCCCUCUCCCUCCAACUCCCAUCCCAGGGGAGUUGCUAAAGGGGUUAAAAUGCCUUCAGUGACUUACCUGGAUCCAGCGCGAUGUCCUUCGGCGCUGGUUUAGGGUCCGCCCAAAUUCCCCCUACCUCCCUGCCGAUGUCAACUGGCGGGGGAGGCCUAUUGCGCAGGCCGCGCACGCACAUUAGACCUUUCCAUAGGAAAGCAUUCAAAAUGCUUUCCUAUGGGGGUUUCAGCAACGCUGGAGGUCCUCACAUAGCGUGAGGACGUCAAGCAACGCUAUAGCACAGAAAAUCUGUGCUAUAAACCCGGAAGUGCCCUCUAGUGGCUGUCUAGUAGACAGCCACUAGAGGAGGAGUUAAUCCUGCAACUGUAAAUAUUGCAGUUUUCAUAAACUGCAAUAAUUACCUUUCAGGGUUAAGGGUAGUGGGAGUUGGCACCCAGAACACUCCAAUGGGCAGAAGUGGUCUGGAGUGUCCCUUUAAGUUUGCUGUCAGGAACACUUGUUUUAAGCUUCCCUGCACUAGGGGAGGAGAGGGCAACUUAAUGAUCUCUCACCUAUGCUUCUGUCAGCCUGUCUGGGAGAUAUGCCGGCUCUAAUAUUCCUUGAUGGUUUAGUUUUGGGAGGGAUGUCUGACAGAUUUCUAUCCUCUCAACAAGGCUUUAAACGUCUGGUCCCCAACUUGUCUAAUGCCACUAAUGGUGUCGGCUGUACAACCAUGAUUACAAUAAGCAGUUUUCAAACUAUACAGAGUAUCAUCAAGGCAUUGAAGGAUUCAUGGAGAAUUUAAUUGAGGAAGGUGCUGUAAACAAAUGUUCCAAGAGCAUUUGCUUUUUGAGCACCGCGUGCACAUAAUUUCUUUUUGAAGCUCCUCAAUCUGUAACUUGUCUUUUUCAUAGAUGAAGAGGAAGCUGCUGCUGACCGGGGAGAAAAGAGGAAACGGGACCCCGAAGAUGAAGGGGAUGAAGAUGAAGAUUGAAGCAAUUUUGUGUGUGUUUGUGUGUGUGAAAGACUAGGACCAGUCCCUUUUCUGAGCCCUGGGGUUGAUGCUAGAAUACAGAUCUGUAUGUCUUUACAUGUAAAAUAGAUGUCCCUACAGAAUUUAACAUGUAACUUUUUAUAGGAAAGCUGUGGUUUUACAAUUUUUGUGCCCUUUUUAUCAUUCCAAAUAAGAUGUAAGAUCCUCUUAGUAAUAUUCUAUAGAAACGUCCUUCCUGCCCACAUGUAAUGCAAUCCCUGCUCUGGAGGGCUUCCCCAUCAUGCAUUGCAGGUUUGUUUGGGAAUUACAGCAUUUGUCAUUGGUGUUGAGAUGUGAAGUGUUUUUUCCUCUUAUAACCUAAAGGUUUUACAAAACCAUAAAGACUAUGCUGAAUGACUUCUAGACACCACACUGAUGCUUUAUACUUAUGGGGCUGCCCCUUUGUAGUUUAAUGCAUUUGAAACGAAAUGUGUGGUUCUAGCACCCUUUAUUUUACUUGUUUAGGCAGGGUAUGCUUCAGCUCUUAAGCUUUUUUGGCUGUCAUUGCCAUUGAUUUUAAUAGGUAAAUUUGUCUUAUCUUUGCGAUAAAAAGGUUUGAUAUUUUGGAGUUACUCACUAACCAAUGCAUUAAAAGUUGGAAAUAUUAAUUUCUGGUUUGAUUCCCCCAAGUCCAUUGAAUGCUGGCCCUGUUUAGACGAUUAAUCACUGCUGGCACUCAGUGUAAAAAUUAUUAGAAUGAGAUCCACAUAGGUAAAAUAUCUAUGAAAUGCUCUGUGUACUAAAAUGUACUUUUUAUUUUAACCCAUCAAACUCUGGAGAUGUGAGCUAUUUAAAAUACAUGCUUUGGCAAUCACUCAUUUUGUUAUGAAAGCCUAAAUAAACAGACUCUUGCCAUGCCCAAACCAUGUAUUCAACUUGCUGACUCAUUUGAAUCUGAAUUAUCCUCACCCCCUUGUGUUGGCAAACACACCAUUACUCCCUGGAAUAGAUCACUACAUGCUGGUGGGCAGCAAACGAAAACGGCUACCUUAUAAUUCAUGUGCUGCCAGUAUGAGCGCAGUUCAUUCAGAAAGAAUCACAAACUGUGUUGAUUAGUUGCAAAUUCUACAUUUAGAGCUAACGCUUUCUGCACGAUUUAUCAGCUCGCAGAUGUGUUGGUAAAAUUCAAUCGAUCUGAUGGAGCUCGGCUCUUGCUUAUUUUUUAUUUUGGUAUUUUCCUCAUUGCUCAGAUGCUUAGUAACUUUUAAUAAAACAUUCAGUGUAUUAAGGCAAUAUUUUUUUUAUUCUGUCUCUAGGAAAGCUAAUCAUGAUGGCAUAACUGUGGGAUCAUAUCAGUGGUGCAUUGAGAAUGCACCACUAAUCACCUAGUGAUUAUCUACAAAUUUUGUCCUAUCAUCUUGCAUUAUAUCAACAGCUAUUGUUUAACCCUUUCUAUUAUGAAGUUGGGGGAGGAUAGGACACCACCUGAAUCUUAGGGUGUCCUGAAAAGUAAAGCUUGUAUUUUUGUUUCAGUACAUGUAGAUGGCACAUUAUUUAAUGGAAAUUAAAAUUCUGCUUGGACACAAACUACAUUUACCUAAUAAUGAAGCUACAAAUACAUAAUAUACCAUCACCCUCAGCUUGCACCUAUGUUGCUCCUUUGUAUACACAUUUCAUCGCACAUUGACACACCCGUAUUGGUAACUGUGUGAUUGGCUAGCGUGUAUCUGUGUAUGCCUGUGUUUCUUUGGCUGUGACUGUCGUGUUAUGUAUGUGCAGCUUGAGGUUUGCAAUGAAGGCUUUUUUUUAUUAAAUUAAUCCUGCCUCCAUCUCACAGGGAGGGGGGGCAAUGUAACUCCUUUCCAAAUUGGCUAUUUGGCUGGUCUGAGCCUCCGGCUUGGUGCUGAACCCUAUGAUUGCUCCCAGUUGUAUGUACAAAACUAAUUUCCAAUUUAAGUGUGUAUACAUGAUUCUGGGGUAUGGGAACAUUAGGAAUAGUGUUUAAAAGAAUUGCUUGGUGAAGGGCUUAAUGGAGCUUUCCUUUGUAGAACUCUGGGAAAACUUUGCAGCUGCUUUAUUCUUAGACUGUCUAUUGCACAAAAUAAUCUCUCCAAAACUUGUUUGACUUUAGCAGGAUCAGCAAAUUUAACCGCUCUUUAACUCUUCCCAAAAGCUAUAAAGCUCUUACGUGGAUUCAUGACUUGGAAUCUGAACAGUUGACGGUCUGCUCUGUACAAUGCUGGUAAAUUCUUCAGCCCUAUUAGUAUAUAUAAUUAAUCCACACAAUAAAUACAUGAAUUAUUGUAUUGCCAACUGUGGCUGUCAGAGCUAUUGAUAGUGGUCUACCUCACAGUAUGUUAAUCAACUUCCGUUUGCUAUGUUAUUAGAGAUGAACAUUUGUGCUUCGGGCCUUUGUGAGGUGAUAUGCUGUGUCCUGUCUGCAAUCUGCCAAAUACAGAUCAGAGUGUGUAUGUCACGCUUGAACGUUCUCAUGAACACCAGAAAUGCAUACUUCAGUCAUAUAUGUAUCUGUAUGUCCAUUAGUAUAAUUUCAUUCAAACACAACUGCCUUCAGAAAACGCCCAGAUAUCAUUUCACACAGUGACCUGUUUGACAUGAUUUCCAUCAUAUCUUAGGAAAAAUGCCAAGAUCUGCGCCUUUACAUGUUCUGAAACGGGAAACCAUUAAAAAAGCCUUUCCUAUUGCAGGGCCAUUUGAGCCUUGGUAAUUGUAAAUGGCAAUGCCCAUUGCCCUAAGUUGGCAGAUGCAAGUCUUGUAUAUGCACUCCUGAUUGGCGAUCCUCGUUUAAAACUGAUGUGGGCAACCUCUACUUAGAACCUUUACUCCGCUGCACAUCUAAGGAGCAGACGGCACAUAGUUCUUAAAGCGUUUAGUACACAGAUGCAUGGCUAUGGAAGCUUUUUCUUCAAAUUUCUUAAACCACAAUUUUUAGGCCAAGUGUGACAUACCAAAAAACUGUUACUUAUGUUGUAUCAUGUUAGCCAUUUAAUGCGUCCUAGAAGCAAAAAGUUCUAUAGAACAAGCGCAUUGGCCUCUUAGAUAACCUUAACCUUUUUUUAUUUUCUUUCUGUUUGGAAAUCUAUAAGGGUGGGUUUUUAUAUUUGCAGAGGGGAUUUGUCCUAUUUUAAAUACUCUUUUAUGGCAGUAUGUAUAUAGUGUGAUCAGUUACUUUUUGAUUCUCUAAAUGUGCAACUUUGUUUUUGAAUAAAGCCAUAACAGUGUUAAGUAGUCUUUUUAGCGACUUUAUUUUUUUGGUUUUUUAUUUUUCUCUCCAGUCCAAAUUCUUGUCCCACUCAACUGGACGUCUUCAACCCUGUCAACAUGCGUUUACGAAGAUAUAUUGGAUUAAUCUGUGUCUCUUCAAUGUUCUUUGACACGUUCGUUUGAAUACAAUCAGGGUUAUCCACUAAAGCAGGGAUGGGGAAACUUUGGCCCUCCAGAUGUUUUG